AUGGAACCUACCUCUGUCAAGGAGGAUAAUUUGACCUGGGAUAAAUUGAAUGCCGCACUAGCUAAGGGAGAAAAUGUUGCCGAAAUUUUCAAUCUAAAAGUACAAGGUGAUGCAGAUAGGAGAUGUAAUCAAAAGGCACGCAAUACCACUGAGAAUGUGCAAGAUAAUAUUGAGUUGCUGAACGUUCAGCACAAUUCUGCAAUCGAUUCAUCUUUCUCCUUUGUUUAUUGCCGAGAAGAUUGUGAAGCUGUUUUCAGUAAUGUGACGGAAAAUGACAUAAAAUUGCUACCAUCUCGUCCAUUCGUUCUUUUAGAUGAUAUUGCAACGAUUAGGUCUGCUAUAACAUAUUGA